AUGAGUGUUGUCCUACCGCGAGCCGGACGAGGAUGCUACCAUGGGAACAGGGAAGCGAUCCGGCUGUACCGUGAAAUCUUGAAGGCGACCCGGUUGUUCCACUGGUGCAACGAAAAGGGGGAGCCAUGGGGAAGAAUACUUCGGGAGAGCUCUAGGAAGGAGUUCGAGCAGGCGAGACACGAGACGGCGAGUGUUGUUGUCGUAUGCAUACCACAGGGGUCAAGGUUAAGGUUUAGCGGGAGGGGCCGCCUCCAACCAGUGCCGGGGGGCUUCCACAAGCCAAACAUGCGCUUGAGACCCCUUCCACAAGCCAAACAUUCGCUUGAGACCCCGGUUCAGGACCCGCUCGUUGUGGCGCGGCUGUUGGUGGUCGGGAGACAGUGUUUGAAUGACACCAUCCGUGGGCUGGAAAAAACAGAACGACGCAUCGCCGACAAGAUCACGGAGACGCGCUCGCGAUGA